GUGUGUAGUCCGGGGAAGGGGUGGAUCGGGGUUAGUAGGUGUCUAUAUAAGACGGCAGCCCGGACGUACGCCCUCACAUUUCCAUUGCAUCACGCACGAGGCACCGGAGAUGGCGUACCUCAAGACCGUUGUCGUGGCCGUCGCCCUGGUGGCGUUGAGCGCCCAGCUUUCCGCUGGCGCCUGCAUCUGCAGUUGCGGCUCUGCCAGGAGCAGCGCAUACGCUGACGACUCCUCAGAGUCCGACGAGUACGCCGGAUCUUCGUCGUCCGCGGCAUCCGCAGCAGCCGCCGCUGCCGACAACUCCUGGACCAACAUCCCCACCAACGCCAUCAUCGUCAACUCCAACACUGGCGACAACUCAUGCGGCUACAGCGAGAUCCGCAUGCCCGAUGAGGCUUCCCUGCCCGUCGGAAUCGUCCAGUGCCGUCCCCAGUGCGCCCAGCACUUGUCGUACGACAUCGAGGUGCCCGUCGAGCAGUCCAAGCCCAUCGUGCCCAGCUACCACAGCGUGAGCGUGGAGGUGCCCAUCCGCCAGCGGCCCCAGAUUUCCCUGAGCUCCCUGCCCUACCAGGUGGAGGUUCCCGUCGAGCAGAACGCCCCCUGCCAGAAACUGCAGAACCUGGACGUGCAGAUCGCCGUGCCCGUGCGUGAGAGGACCUCCGUGUCCUACAACCACCUGCCCUACAGCGUGGAGGUGCCCGUCGAGCAGGGCAGCAGCCGCCUGACCAACCUCAGGGCCCAGGUCGACCGCGUCGUCCUCCCCCACGUCGACACCUGCCUGCCCCCCAACAACGGGCCCGCCCCCCUCCAGGAGGUCAGCUACGUGGCCGUCCCCGCCAGCGGCCCCGUCUGCGUCAGCCCCGUCGGUCUGCUCGGUCUCCCCAAGACGUCCGCGACCUUCAACUACGGCGUGAGCAGCGGUAGCAGCAGCAGCAGCGCCGCCAGCGGUAGUAGCAGCGGCUGCAGGUGCCCCUGCGAUGACUGAGGCGCUUGGAAGGCGGUUGGCCGGAGGGUCCUUCUUGACACACCCAGAAAACAUCGCAAAAUUUAGGAAAAAAAUUAUUGUUCUAUUGACUCAUUUCCAUCUCUCCAGCCGCUCGCCACCAGUUGUUGUCAAUAAACCAACUGUUACCAAACUUA